GGGACCAGCUCUACCCGGAGCUACACUGACUCUGCAGACUAAGUGGAGUCCUGUGUUCACUGGAGAGUCUGUCACUCUGAAGUGUGAAAUAGAGUCUUACAGUAACUGGAGGUAUCAGUGGUAUAAUGGCCGCAGUAAGACUGCAGUCCAUCAGAAUGAGACAAACACCUUCACCAUCAGAUCACCAGCAGACAAGGAUCAGUACUGGUGUAGAGGACAGAGAGAUCAAAGACCCACAUCAUCACAGGAUAGCAAUUCUGUGACUCUAACGGUGAAAGCUCUACCCGGAGCUACACUGACUCUGCAGACUAAGUGGAGUCCUGUGUUCACUGGAGAGUCUGUCACUCUGAAGUGUGAAAUAGAGUCUUACAGUAACUGGAGGUAUCAGUGGUAUAAAGGCCGCAGUAAGACUGCAGUCCAUCAGAAUGAGACAAACACCUUCACCAUCAGAUCACCAGCAGACAAGGAUCAGUACUGGUGUAGAGGACAGAGAGAUCAAAGACCCACAUCAUCACAGGAUAGCAAUUCUGUGACUCUAACGGUGAAAGCUCUACCCAGAGCUACACUGACUCUGCAGACUAAGUGGAGUCCUGUGUUCACUGGAGAGUCUGUCACUCUGAAGUGUGAAAUAGAGUCUUACAGUAACUGGAGGUAUCAGUGGUAUAAAGGCCGCAGUAAGACUGCAGUCCAUCAGAAUGAGACAAACACCUUCACCAUCAGAUCACCAGCAGACAAGGAUCAGUACUGGUGUAGAGGACAGAGAGAUCAAAGACCCACAUCAUCACAGAACAGUACCAAAAUGAGUCUCUCUUUUGAAGCCAAACCCACACCAGUUGUGCGUGUAAGUGCGCAUUACAUUGUGUUCUCUGGAGACACAGUUACUCUGAGCUGUGAGCUACAGUCUACUGGAUGGCAGUUUCUCUGGUCCAAAGACUCAGAGGAGUUCAAGUCUGACAACAGCAGUGUAGAAGGUAUUAAAACCAUCCACCCUGUUCAGCUCUCUGAUGGAGGACAGUACAGGUGUAGGGCACAGAGAGGGAACCCCCCCUACUACACAGGCUACAGUAACCCUGUCACGGUGACAGCCAGUGCUCUACCCAGAGCUACACUGACUUUAGAGACUAACUGGAGUCCUGUGUUCACUGAAGAGUCUGUCACUCUGAAGUGUGAAAUAGAGUCGUACAGUAACUGGAGGUAUCAGUGGUAUAAAGGCCGCAGUAAGACUGCAGUCCAUCAGAAUGAGACAAACACCUUCACCAUCAGAUCACCAGCAGAGAAGGAUCAGUACUGGUGUAGAGGACAGAGAGAUCAAAGACCCACAUCAUCACAGGACAGCAAUUCUGUUACUCUAACAGUGAAAGAUAUUUCACCACAGGCAGUACUGAGUGUGUCUCCACAGAUCUGGCUGACUGAAGGAGACUCAGUGAGUCUAAGCUGUGAGGUCAGAAACUCCUCUACAGGCUGGACAUUCAGCUGGUACAGAGCUGUUCCCCAUGUUGAGCUCCUCUCAGGCAGCAGCAGUGGAACUGGAGGCUCCUACACUCUCAGUCCUGCUGCUCUACAUCACACAGGAGUUUAUGUGUGCAGAGCAGAGAGAGGAGAACCAGCCUAUCAGACACAGUACAGCAACACUCAGCCACUAUGGAUCACUGGUUUGUCCCCUGCAGUGUCUCUGAUCAUCAGUCCCAGCAGAACUCAACACUUUAGUGGUGACUCUCUCUCACUGAGCUGUGAGGGACAGAGUGACUCUACUGGAUGGAGAGUGAGAAGAUACACACACAGUGGGAAUGUGUCAGAUUGUUCAUCAGACUGGGGAUUAGAUACAGGAUCAACAUGCACCAUCAGAUACCUCUACACAACACACACUGGAGUGUACUGGUGUCAGUCUGAAUCUGGAGGGAACAGCAAUCCUGUUAAUAUCACAGUGCACAAUGGUAAUGUGAUUCUGGAGAGUGCAGUCCAUCAUCUGACUGAGGGAGAUUCUCUCACGCUUCGUUGUUUGGAUCGUAACACCAACACUUCAUACCUCCAAGCCAGUUUCUAUAAAGGUGGAUCACAUCUCUAUAACCAGACUACAGGAGAAAUGACCAUUCAUACUGUCUCACAGUCAGAUGAGGGUCUCUACUCCUGUAAACACCCAGAGAGAGGAGAGUCACCACAUAGCUGGGUCUCAGUCAGAGGAACCCCAUUCUCCAUCCUCAGACUGCUCAGUAGUCUAAUGGCAGCCUCUCCAUAUCUGCUAGUGUCCAUUGUGCUGGGGGUCAAAUGCUACAGAGUAUGAGGUCACACUGGUAAAAAUCAAAGGCACUGUGCAUUCAUAGAGUGAAAACCCAAAAGAGAAACUGAAAGUGGAACAAUGUGUUUCUGUUUGUAAUAAUCUGUUUCAAAUAGUAUUGAGACUGAAAUAGUUCAUUGUGAGUAGCUGUUUGGAUCUUAGCAGAAGAACAAUAUGUGUAAAGAAAAUUGUAGGCAAGCGAUAAUAUCAAAAGCUCAUGUCAAGUGUAUUUUAACUCCCUUUUUUUUGGUAUAUCAUUUCAAAUUACUUCUUUUAUGUUUGCAAUUAUUUGUAAAAGCCACUCAAACUAGUCUUUUAGGGUUCCUUGAACUAUGAAUGUUUAAAAGUGAAAAAUCUCCACACCUUGAAAACUCACCUUGAGUUUUCUAAACUUUGAAAGUUUAAUUUUUAUAAUGUAUUAUUAUUUUGUUAACAUUAGGUAUAUAUUUUUUCUUGUUAUUAUUUAUU